AUGCUUCAGUUUAAGCAAGAAACCGCUUGCAAACCGUCCAAAGCGCUUCAGACACUUCGUGGCGCACAAGUCGGUGUUCGAGUUCCAAAUCGUAUACUUGUUCAAGCGGUUGAACAAUAUUUAAAAUAUAUUCGUCAUGAAAAUAUUAUGCGUUCAUCGUCAAGAAAAAGCAGAAAACUGAUUCAGAGUCAAGAUGCAACAAAUUUGGAGCAGACCGUUGAAGAUAUGGUUACAUUUGAAUUCGUCGAAAAAGUACGAAAAUCAUUUGCCGAAGCGGAUAUAGGUCAGAGACUUUAUUUAUUAGCACAUUUGGCACAUUUAAUUGCAAGUUCAGUUCCAGACAAAGUACCAGAUUCAUAUCUUUCGAAGAAACAGCUAGAAAUUUUACAACUUGGAAAUAUGUUACUCACUAUAAUAGGUAUACAUUUAGUACUGGUUGCAUUGAUGAAAAGAUGUAAAAAAAUCAACUCUUUAGAUACAAAUUGUGAUGGAACCGUUGAUUUAAGCGAAUAUUUGACAUACAUUCUGUUUGAGCAUCAAGAAAGAGAGAUAAUGUACGAUAUGAUGAAACCGAUUCCUUAUCCACAUACAUCACAAGAAUUUACAGCUAGAAGUCUUGCACUCGAUUUAUAUAUUGGGUUUCAAUUUUUUCCUGGUUUAUUACGUAGUGGGAAACCUCUCGAUGAAAUUGAUUAUAAUUAUGGCCGUUACAUUUCAGUAACACGAAGUGGAAUUGUAUCACAUUGGUCAGCAUCAUUAAAACUCAUUCGUGAAUCGAAAAUUCAACCAACUGAACAAAGGAAAAGAGCUCUUCCAUUAUGGAUAACGUGUAUGUGUAUAAUGCCAAAUAUGAAUUAUUUUGCUGUGGCAACAACGGAACGUGAUCUUAUUUUGUAUGAUAUGAAUUCACAUACAUACACUGGUUCAAUAAUGGUGAAUAGUUUUUCAGCGUCAUUAACAGCAAUCGAUUAUAGAAUGAAUAUAAAAGACGCUCAGCAGUCUGCUUUAUUUUGUGGAGAUAGUUUGGGAAACUUAUUUGUUAUUUAUCCUAAAGAUAAAACGAGACCAAUGUUUCAUAUAUCCGAUCAUACAAGAGGUGGUAAAACAGGAAUAACAAGAAUAUUUAACUUUCCAAGAAUAUCGGCUAACGAAUAUAGUACAGUUUCCGUUCUAUUGUUUUGUAAUUUACACGACGACUGGGUGGCCCAAGUAAAAUGGAUACCUCAACUUAAUUUAUUUGCUUCAUGCAGUUUGACAACAAAACGAUCGUUGUACUUAGGAGACUUAGAAAAGAAAACAGUUCGCUAUGCUGAAGCGAGAAAAGGAUUUUAUUGCUUUGAUUAUUGUCAGAGACAUCGUGCAGUUGUGACGGGCGGAAGUGAUGGAGUUGUACGCUUUUGGGAUCCAUUUGUUACCGAGAAAUCAGGCGCGAUUCUUCGUGGUCAUAAUGCAUCCGUCACACAUCUGGCUGUUGAUAAUAAAGAAGAUCAUGUAAUUAGUAUCGAUAAAGGAAAAAACAUAAUUAUCUGGGAUGUUUUUACACUUAAAAUGAUUCAACGAAUUUCUCAUACUGUAUUAGAGUUAGGUGAACAAGACUUAACAGUUUGUUAUUUGAAUCCUUUACAUCAACGUUUGAUAAUUGGUAAUAAAAAGCUAAUAUCAUUCGCUCAUAUAAAUGAAUCGUAUAUGCAUACAGAAAAGACAUCUCAUCUCAAUCCUGUUACACAUAUUCUCUAUAAUCCAUUGUUCGAUGUUGGAAUAUCGUGUGAUGAAGGUUCAACAAUAAAUAUUUGGAAUAUGCAAACAGGCGAAAAAGUAAUGCACAUAUUAAAUGCACAUCAGUCAGAACUAAGUGAAUAUAAUGAAAGAUCUACUGAAAUAACAGCAAUGUGUUUGGAUGAAGCCAAACGACGAUUGCUAACAGGAGCACAUGAUGGAUCAUUAGCACUAUGGAAUUUUAAUAAUGGACAUAAUUUAUAUCGUGUAUCAGCGAAAGGAAAUGACGAACGAGAAAUAACAUCGAUAUUACAUUCAAAUGAAAGAUUAUGCGUGGCGGGUUGGUCAAGAAAAGUGAAAAUUUAUCAUUUAGGCAAUUCUUCUAUUAUUAGACAAGUUAAUGAGUUUCGUUCACUUCACAACGAUGACAUAUUAUCAAUGUGUUUAAUGUCGAAUAUUUUAGCUACAGCUAGUUAUGAUGGUGAUAUAAUUUUAUGGACAGUUGAAACUGGUAUGCCAUUUAUGAGAUUUAAUGCGAGUCAAGAUAUCAAACCAAAAUUAGUUUCAUUAUCAUGGUUAUAUAAACAGACGACAAAAGGCGCAAUACGUGCUACAUUUCCAAACUAUUUCUCUCGAAGACGAAUACAAAAGAAAAAACGAAAUAUUGAAAAUACGGAACGAAAGACGAAUGUCUAUGUUGAACAUAAUAAAUCAACAAUCUCAAGUGAUUAUCAUUUAGACCAGUUAAUAUUUUUACAUACACGAGAAACAAGUCCAUAUAGUGCAAGUUUAGUGGCUGCUGGAUCCAUGGGUUGGGUAUGGUUUUGGAGUGUUCAUGUUAUUGGUCAGUUAAUUGCUGUAUUUAAUGGUGCUCGAAAAUCUCAAGAACAUAUAUUGGCUAUGUGUGUAGAUGAAAAAUGCAAUAUAUUAUUCACCACUGAUACGGCCGGUUAUAUUGCAUUGUGGUAUAUUGGUGAUUAUGCCAUCAAACAUCCAGAUACAAAAGAGAAACAAAAUCUUUUAAUGGAAUCAAAACGUCAAAUAUUUCAAAAAUUUCACACACAAAUGAUGUCUCCUAUUCCUGGUAUUCAGGAAAUGCGUGAUAGAGCAGAACGUGUACUACAAGAAAAACUUGGCUCACCGCCAAUUAAUACAUCGACAGAUCGUGUGUCCUAUCUUAGUGAUAUCAUGAUGUAUCCACAAUUAUUAAGUGCAUUUCGAGCACAUUUAAAACCGAUAACAAGUAUAUUUUUUGCCGAUGAUCGAGAAAUAAUUAUUACCGGUAGUGUCGAUUGUACAGUACGGCUUUUUACAAUAACUGGACGUUAUAUUGGUUUUAUGGGUCAAUCCGUUCCGUGGGGACCACUAUCACAAACAAUUGUUUUGAAAGAUUUACCAAAGAUCAUUCCCGAAGACAUUCGUCGCAAAGGUUCAGCAACAACUCUUGAACUAUUAAGAGGCGACAUUGGUAAACGAUGGAAACUACUUAAACACACAAUUGUGGCAUGGACAUCUCUGCCGGUGUUUCGAUUUUUUUAUCAACAACAGCCAAGAUCACAGAUCGCAGUUGUACCGGAACAAUCAACACAAGAUGAUGUACAAGGAUCUAUACAGACUGCUGAUGAUAUUUUGAAAAAACAUGAUGAACUAUCACAUCAACAUUCUGCAUUUAAUAAACCAUCUUCAAAAACAAUGUUGGACGCAAACGUAUCGAGAAAAACAAUAACAAAGUAAAUUCAGAACGAGCGUACUCUUGACAAGAUCUAGGAACAGCAUAUUUCUUGAUAAAUUCGGACCUAAAUAUAUCCAUCGAAAGGUCGGUCUAUGUGCGAUAAUAAUUAUUUUUGAAAAGUCAAUAUGAAUACGAAGUUAGAUCAGAUUUUUUAUAUUUUAAAUAAGUACUUUUUCUUCGUACUAACUUUAUUUAUUCCAAACGUUUCGAUUGAUAGUUCAAUCUUCCUCAGUGGAUACAAACAUUAAUUAAAUUAAUUAAAAUUACAUAAACAAAACAAUAUGAACGG